GUGCUAUGGAUAACAACGGUUAUGUUAUUGAUUGCGCUGAAAUGAACGGUGGUGGUGGUGGUGGGGGGAAGCCCACGCAGCGCGAGUACAGCUUCGAGGAGGCCAUCAGCAUGACGGGCGUGGGUCGGUUUCACUACAAGCUGCUGCUGAUCUGCGGGCUGUGCUUCAUGGCCGUCAUGGUGGAGAUUAUGGGCGUGAGUCUGAUAAUGCCGCUGGUCAAGUGCGAGCUGCAGGCAACGCUGGAGCAGCAGGGCAUACUCGCCUCGUCGGCGUUUCUGGGCGUGGUCUUGAGCUCGCAUGCCAUGGGCUUCCUGGCGGACACCAUGGGUCGAGUGGUGCUGCUCCGCUAUGCGCUGGCCCUCAGUCUGUUGUCGUCCAUUGUGUCGGCGUUUGCGGUGAACAUUUGGAUGCUGAUUGUGUUUCGCUUCCUCACCGGCUUCUUCAUCUCGGGCGGCCAGGCGUGCGUGUUCAGCUUGUGCGGCGAGUUCCAUGGCCAGCAGUCCCGCGUGCGCCAUGUCACGUUGCUCUCCUGCUUCAUGUGCCUGGCCAUGAUCUUUGCGCCAGCCGUUGCCAUUGGCAUUUUGCCGCUGCAAUUUGAGGGCACACUGCUCGGCCUGGAGCUGUACUCGUGGCGCAUUUUUCUGCUCACAGACUUGACCAUUAUACUGCUGGCGCUGCUGGGGCUCUGCACGCUGCCCGAGACGCCCAAGUAUCAGCUGGUGCAGGGUCAGCCCGAGCUGGCGCUGGAGACAAUGCGACGCAUCUAUGCUGAGAACUCGGGACUGCCGGCGUCGGCGUAUCCGGUGCAGCGCCUGGCCUUGCAGUCAGGUGGCGCCAGUUUGUCCAGUGUGCAUGGCUUUGUGGAUGCAGUGCGUCUCAUCUGGCAGCAAACGGUGCCGCUCUUCAAGCGCUGCCGUCUCGCCCACACGCUCAACAUUUGCUUCAUACAAUUCGCCAUCUAUGGCAUUGCCCAGGGCAUCUUCAUGUGGUUCCCCACCAUCCUCAAUGCCCUGAGCACUCCCCAAGCUCAGCACCAACUGCUCUGCACUGUGCUCGAGGGCAUGUCGCCCAACAAGACGGAGGCAGCCGCCGAUCAGCUAUGCACCGCCCAAGUGGACACCAGCACCUACCAGGUGAUGAUCAUCAUUGGCGCCUUCUUCACCCUGCUCUAUCUGGUCUUUGCCUACACCAUUGACUAUCUCGGCAAGCGCAAUUUGCUCAUGGCCUGGAUGGUAUUGACGAUGAUCUGUUUGGUGGCCUUGCAUUGGAUGCAUCAGUUCGCUCUGCUGGUGAUUGGCAUCACCAUCGUCAUGGCCAUUGGCAAUUGUGGCGGCCUGGUUAGCACCAUUGCCAUGGAGUUCUAUCCGACGCAGUUCAAUGCCAUGGGCCUGUGCUUCAUUAUGAUGGUGGGUCGACUGGGCGCCGUUGUGGGCAGCAACAUACUCGGCCCGCUGCUGCUUAACAGUUGCGAUGUGACCUUUUGGGCGUUGCUGGGCGUGGUCGUGGCGCUCUGCUGUAUGUCAUACUUUCUGCCCGACCAGUGGACCUGGCGCUCUCGCUCCAAGGCUAACGAAAAGCCGCAGCUAACAUUAAGCGGCAAAUAACAGUUGCAUGCACUGCAAAAAAAAAUUAGUAAUAAUAU